GGUAUUGGGUAUCCCGGCGCGAGUACGCGGGGCUGGAGCUAGGGUAGGGCAGUAAUAUAGGGGCCGGAACAGCACAGCCUGGACCGCGGGUCGGGCUGCAGGCCCCACCAUGGAGCCCGGCACCAUGGAGAACCUGUCCAUCGUGUACCAGAGCAGUGACUUCCUGGUGGUGAACAAGCACUGGGACCUGCGCAUCGAUAGCAAGACAUGGCGCGAAACCCUGACCCUACAGAAGCAGCUCCGGCACCGCUUCCCAGAACUGGCUGACCCUGACACCUGCUACGGGUUCAGGUUCUGCCACCAGCUAGACUUCUCCACGAGUGGGGCGCUGUGCGUGGCCCUGAAUAAGGCAGCUGCAGGCAGUGCAUACAGAUGUUUCAAGGAGCGGCGCGUUACCAAAGCCUACCUGGCACUGGUUCGGGGCCAUGUCCAGGAGAGCCAGGUGACCAUCAGCUAUGCCAUUGGCAGAAACAGUACAGAAGGCCGGACCCACACCAUGUGCAUCGAGGGCACACAGGGUUGUGAGAACCCAAAGCCAAGUCUCACAGAGCUGGUAGUCCUGGAACAUGGGCUGUAUGCUGGUGACCCCGUAUCCAAAGUGCUGCUGAAGCCACUCACAGGCCGGACUCACCAGCUGCGUGUGCACUGCAGCGCUCUUGGCCAUCCCGUUGUGGGCGACCUGACUUACGGCCAGGCUGUGGGAGGGGAGGACCAGCCCUUCCGCAUGAUGCUGCACGCCUUCUACCUGCGCAUCCCCACUCAGGCCGAGUGUGUGGAAGCCUGCACACCAGACCCCUUCCUGCCCACCCUCGAUGCCUGCUGGCGUCCCCACACCCUGGUGCAGCCACUUGACCAGCUUGUUCAAGCCCUACAGGCUGCCCCCGACCCUGACCCCAUGGAUGGGGAACCCAAGCCCUGCAGCCCCUCUGCACCCCUGCCUGGGCCAGGCCGGCCCCCUCCUGAGACUGAGGCACAGCGAGCCUCGUGCCUGCAAUGGCUGUCAGAGUGGACGCUGGAGCCACAAAACUGAGAGCCAUUGAGCUGGGGCAGGAGCAGGGCUGGACUCAGUGGCGAGGCCAGCAGGGGCACCAAGCAGCCUUGAUUGCUGAAGGAUGGUGUACUCAAGCUGCAAGAGAGACGCUCAGUGGGAAGCCUUCUUCCAGAGUUCCUCCAGAGGAAGCCAAGUCUCUUCCUCUUGGAACAGCUUUCUGCCUCCAAAACAUCACCCCAGGGCCAGCUUAUAGACUUACCUGCAGCCACCCAGCUGGCAGGGGCAGAGCCAGGACCUGGGCAGACUUUGCCCCCAGGCUGGGCCCCUACAGAGGGACCAGGAAGGGCCAUUCUAGCCUUGACCCCAGGCCCAUUUGGUUCCUGUAUUCUGAAGUGCUUUGCUCCACUCAGACCAUCUAAUUCUGCAGCCCUCUGCCUGUCCCCUGCCUGCCUUGUGCCUUUGCCUUUGCUGGACUCUGCCCAGGCUCUCCCCCUCCCCCUUCUGCCUCCAUGGGCAUGGGGAAAUGUGUGGGGAUCGCUGAUAGAGGCGCCCUCUAUGCACACCCAUCCCUCCAAGCCUGAUGUAGGUGCUGCUUCUGCUGUGUGGGCUCCCAGCUACAGCUCUCCUGCCACAUCACAACCUGCCUGACUACCACACAGCCAUGAGGUAUCUGUCUCUGCUAUCAGGGCCCAAUCCAGGAGCCCUAGACCUCACUUCCUCUGUCCCCCACAACACACCCAUUCCACCCUGGCUGCAUCUGGGGUCUAGGAUUACAAAUAAAUACUCACUGACCAAUCCCAAGAGUGGCCAUGAGUGUAUGUAAUGUGGGGGUCCUGGGAUGCUCCAGACCCUUCCU